GUUAUAUGCAUCUUGGAAAGGACCGGUAAAACGGAGAUUAUGUUCAACGUGCGCGCCACAAGCAGCCACCUCGAAGCUGCCGAGCCCAGAGCUAUUUUCUGCUCACGGCGUUGCGAUCUGCACUCAUCCAGCCAGUUUCCAGCCGUAAGAAGCUACAAGCUCGCAUGCCAAUUCAGGAUCAUGCCAUGCACUCCCGGAGGAUGCUGAUCUGGAUGUAUGAUCUUGACACGCAAAGACUGGCACACCCUCUGCCACGUACCGCAUUCACUAUUGGAAGGCUGCAUUGUAUACGGGUACAGCAGUUGGCCACGCUGAAGGAUGCAAAAUCACCCGCCUUUAAGGCUUAUACCUCAGCCAGUGCUUUCCACCGAUGCUUAGCUGUCGCGAUUUUUCCAUUCAUUAUAGCCAUCAUGCUCUACCAAUCGCGCAAGUAUGGCUUGGCACUUCUGGCUCUGUUGACUACUUCCGAUUGUGUUCCGACAGAGAGAGAUGUCACUAAGGCAAAUGCUGAAGCAGCCUACAAAGCCUUGCAGGGCUGGUACAACCAGUCGACAGGACUCUGGAUCCCUAGCACUGGCUGGUGGAAUAGUGCCAAUUGCAUGACCGUCAUUACUGAACUUGCCGCUGUCGACAAGAAUGUCCAGGACUCGGUGCAGAAAGUCCUCUCCAAUACGUACACCAAAGCACAGCAGUACAACCUGCAAAUGAUGAAGGAAUCAGGCGCGCAAAGCCGGACUUAUAUGCCCCAGACCUACUACAGUAGUUUCGAGCCCUACAUUCCGGACUCGAUGCUCAAAGCUCAUGGUCAGCCGCGAAUGAAGGCGACUGGUGGGUUCCUCAACGACUAUUACGAUGAUGAAGGAUGGUGGGCGUUGGGCUGGAUCGCAGCAUACGACCUCACCAAGGACAGCCAGUAUCUCUCACAAGCCCAAACCAUUUUCGCAGAUAUGAACAAGGUCUUUGGCAAGACUAACUGCAGCAAGAACAGUGUAGCCACGGGCGGUAUCUGGUGGGACAAGCCGCAUACUUAUGUCAACGCCAUUGCGAACGAGCUGCACCUGAGUGUAGCAGCAUCUCUGGCAAAUCGUGUCAAAGGUGGCAAUACGAACUACCUUGCCAUUGCCAAGCGGCAGUGGUCCUGGUUCCAAGGAACUGGCAUGAUCAACUCCAAUUUCACCAUCAACGAUGGUCUUGACCAACAAACGUGCAAGAAUAAUCAAGGCACCGUGUGGUCGUAUAACCAAGGUGUUAUCCUAGGCGGUCUGACAGAACUCAGCAAAGCGACGGGCGACAAGGCUCCGAUAACAACUGCUCAGAAGAUCGCGGACGCUGCGAUCGCGAAAUUGGCACCCACUGGUAUCCUGACAGAUCCAUGCGAGCCGACUUGCGGUGCAGAUGGUGCGCAAUUCAAGGGCGUCUUCGUCAGGAAUCUGCAAAUUUUGCAGAAGGCCAGCCCGCAAACCCGAUAUGCCAAGUUCCUGGAUGCAAACGCUGAUAGUAUCUGGCGCAACGAUCGUAACAACAGAAACCAACUCAGCGUGCGGUGGACGGGUCCUUUCGUGGCUCCUGCGAACGCCUCAACGCAGAGCUCUGCGCUCGACGCACUGGUUGCAUCGUUGGCCACUUGAGUGCGACUUUCAUAUCUUGCACAAGGGCUGUUUCCUAUCGUCUUAACGAAACCAGCACAGUAUUUCAUUGUGUCGUUCUUCUAUUUUUGGACGAACUUUCAUUCUCAGCAAUGUUCUUAUCUCUUGCACCUCC